AACUUGACCAAGUGGUUUCCUACCUGGGUAGAAGAUUCAAAGACGAAAAGUAGAGAAGAGAGAUGAGUCGAAUUUUCAGCACAGGCACAUGAGAAGGCAAGGGAAUCCAGGAAGAAGGACGGCAUCAGCAGCGAGAAUCCAAGGACGGAGCCAUCUCUCUGUGUGAUGAAGAUAAAUCAGAGGACCGAGCCAAGCGGGGAGCGCAAAUGUGGGAGGACUCUCCAUCCUUAAAUUGUUUUCGAAGUGGGAGACUCGCAAGAGGCCCAGGUGUCGUGUCCCAAUUUGGUGGAGGAGGUGCAGACCGCAGACCGCAGACCGCAGACCUGCCAUCUUUGUCAACCAAAGGUCUUUCCUUCUGUUCGGGACGUCGCUUUCCUGAACCAUAUAUAGCACGAGAGAGAGAGGGGGGAGGCUGCUUGCACCACCUGCGUCAAAAAGCGCCGUUGUAGUGGAGAGAGAGAGAGAGAGAGAGAGUUGGAAGUUGCGAGGUUCUGUAUCUUGUUGCAGCAACGUCCGAGUGUUGCUCUUUUAGGCAAGGAAAAGAAGAAGGAUGGAGGCCAUCUCCCCUUUGAUCGUGAUCGCAAACGCCUCGGCCUCGGACGUUCAGGAAUCUCGACGUUGGCACCGGCAUUCUUGCAAGUUGGCCGCCCCUGCAUCUGCGUCUUUUCAGCCGAGGAGGAUCACGAGGCUCGCGCCAUCAAGAAGAAGGAGGAGCCGUAUCUCCGCUAAAGUUGCAAGUCAAGAGCUCGAGCUCGACUUCAGCGAUCCGGCAUGGAAGACCAAAUACCAGGAGGAUUUUAAGCGCAGGUUCAGCCUCCCUCAUCUCAGGGACAUCCUUGAUGUCAAGCCUAUUCCCUCCACCUUUUGCCUCCAGAGCAGAUGUCCUGUAAUGGAGGAUUUCGCGAAUGGGUAUCCAUCAGAUGAACGAUGGAACGGAUACGUCUAUGACGAAGACAGGGCGCUUCUCAAGGUUAUUAACUAUUCUAAACCCACAUCUGCUGGUGCCGAGGGCAUUGAUCCAGAUUGUUCUUGGGUGGAGCAAUGGGUUCAUCGAGCUGGGCCACGAGAGCAUAUAUAUUUCAAACCUGAAGAAGUAAAUGCAGCAAUAGUUACCUGUGGAGGCCUUUGUCCUGGUCUUAAUGAUGUUAUUAGGCAGAUUGUUAUCACACUUGAAAUAUAUGGAGUGAGGAACAUUUUAGGAAUUCCAUUUGGAUACCGGGGAUUUCUAGACAAAAAUCAACCUCCUAUACCUCUCUCACGUAACGUUGUCCAAAAUAUUCAUCUUGGUGGUGGAAGUAUAUUAGGAGUUUCUCGUGGAGGUCCUUGUGUGACUCAGAUUGUGGACAGCAUGCAGGAAAAAGAGAUAAACAUGCUGUUUGUGUUGGGCGGAAAUGGCACACAUGCAGGAGCCAAUGAAAUACACAAGGAGUGUCGGCGGAGACGGAUGAAGGUAGUAGUUGUCGGUGUACCAAAAACCAUUGACAAUGAUAUUCUGUUGAUGGACAAGACAUUUGGCUUUGACACUGCUGUAGAGGAGGCCCAGAGAGCAAUCAACUCUGCCUACAUUGAGGCUCAUAGUGCUUACCAUGGAGUUGGAAUUGUAAAAUUAAUGGGUAGGAGCAGUGGUUUUAUAGCAAUGCAGGCAUCACUAGCCAGUGGACAAAUUGAUAUUUGUUUAAUCCCAGAGGUACCAUUUGAGCUGGAUGUUGUUUUAAGAUAUCUAAGGCAUCUUAUUGAGACAAAGGGUUCAGCUGUGCUGUGUGUGGCUGAGGGAGCUGGCCAGGCAUUGCUGGAGAGCACAAAUGCCACAGAUGCAUCCGGGAACGCUGUGCUUGGAGAUAUUGGUGUUCAUAUUCAACAAAAGACGAAGAAAUAUUUCAAGGAAGUCGGCGUUCCAGUUGAUGUGAAAUAUAUAGAUCCAACCUACAUGAUUCGUGCUUGCCGUGCGAACGCAUCAGAUGGAAUCCUCUGCACUGUACUGGGCCAAAAUGCGGUUCAUGGUGCAUUUGCAGGGUUCAGUGGCAUCACGGUAGGGAUAUGCAACACACAUUACGUCUACCUCCCCAUCCCUGAAGUCAUUCGUUAUCCCAAGAGUGUUGAUCCGAACAGCCGGAUGUGGCACCGGUGUCUGACAUCUACAGGGCAGCCAGAUUUCAUUUGAAGGCUAUGGAUGCAAAAAAUAACAUGCAAAAGCAAAAGUGUGAAGCUAAAAUUUUGAAGAUUGUUACGUUAGUACUACAAGGGAUGCUGGGGAGAACAGGUCUGAAGCCAAAAAUAUAACCAAAACAAGGAAGUGAAUUUUGGAAAGAGGAGCAGAUUUCUUGGUAGCUCUAUUAGCAUCUAAUCCCUGAUCAUCCCACCUCCAUUUAACGUACAUAAUUAAUCACUUGUGAUUAGGAUUAGUUUUCGAUUCCAAGCCCACCAAAGUUAGGGCCAUUAUCUCAAAGAGAAAAUAAGAGAAAUGAAGAAAAAUUGAUUAGAUUGGGAGCAAUUCUUUUGCACUUUAUUGCAGUAUAGAAAUUUUCUUUUCUUAUUUCAUUUUGUGUUAUUGAAUUGUUCACAAAAACAUAUAUUGGAAUUGAGGUUUUUUUUUGAAGUAAUAGCCUGGAAAUGUGAG